AUGGAAGAAGAAACGUUGACGGUAAUUCCGUUGGAGGAAGUGCGAAGAUUCGUGGAAGACUGCUUCAAAGCCGUAGGAACUACUAGCGAAAAUGCUUCCACGGUGGCGACAAAUCUUGUCGAAGCAGACUACAGAGGCCACUACAGUCACGGGAUAAACAGACUGAAUUUGUACAUACAGGACAUCAUGGCGAAGAGAUGCGAUCCCAACGCGAUACCGAGCAUCGAAAAAGAAACGGUAGCUACAGCUUUAGUUAACGGCAACAACGGCCUUGGUUCUGUGGUUGGCAAAUAUUGCAUGGACUUGGCAAUAGCAAAAGCCAAACAAGUCGGAAUUGGGAUGGUGUCGGCUUAUGGAUCAAAUCAUUACGGAAUAGCUGGAAUGUACACACUACAAGCCAUAGAGCACGGAUGUAUCGGAAUCAGUGGCACUAACACAUCUUUAGUCACUGUACCAACUAGAUCCAAGACGGCGUCUUUGGGUACGAGUCCCCUGUCGUUUGGCGCAUCUGCUAAAAAUGGCGACUCUUUCGUCCUUGACAUGGCUACGUCGACGGUAGCAUUAGGAAAGGAUAUAGUCAACGUGUUCUACGAUAUAGUUUAUUUAGCUAUCGAUAUUUACGUUCCAUUAAAGAAGUUUUCGGCUACGAAGUGUCCAGUUUGGUUUUCCCGAGAGCUUAAAGAUACAGUAAUUGAUAAGAAGAAAUCACAUAAACGGUAUCUUGGUGCUAAGUGCUAA